UCCGUCCACAUUCAAAUCUCCCCACCGCUCCUCAUCCGAAUUUCCACAAUUAAUUCCAUUCCAAUCCUCGUAAUCUCCCCCAAAUUCGCGAUUCUCUCAUCUAAUCCUCCUCCUCCUCCCCCGAAAUCAGCACACCGAGGCUUCCUCGCCGGCGGCGAUGGCGGGGGCGGCGGUGGAGCAGGCGCACGAGCUCUACCGGGGAGGGCGACACCGGGACGCGCUCGAGCUGUACACGGCGGCGCUGGCGGCGGCGCGGGGACCCGCGCAGCGCAUCGCGCUGCACAGCAACCGCGCCGCGUGCUACCUCAAGCUCCACGACUUCCACAAGGCUGCAGAAGAGUGCACAUCUGUCCUUGAGUUGGAUAGGGAGCAUGCUGGAGCUCUCAUGUUACGUGCACAGACACUUGUCACUCUGAAGGAUUACCAGUCAGCUCUAUUUGAUGUGAACAGGCUGAUUGAGAUAAAUCCGUCAUCUGAAGUAUAUCGGAACCUUCAUGCACGACUGAAGACACAGCUUGCACUAGCUCCCAUUCCAGAAUCUGAAGAGGAAUCGUUAUAUCUUGAAGAAGAUAAGCAAGAGUUGCCUCCAGAGAGAAAUGUAAAUAUCGAGAUUUGUAUUACCAAGUCUGAUAAACCUGCAACUGAAAUGAUUCUCAAAAAGAAACCUACAACAGAACUUAUUGUCGAAAAUAAACCUGCAACUGAACUGAUUCUUGAAAAGAAACCUGCAACUGAACUUAUUCUUGAAAAGAAACAUGCAACUGAACCUCCAAAGGUUGAGGUGCCUCCCAGUCUGCCUCAAAAACCACAAGGGUGGGAGACCAUCGCAAAACCAAAGGGACAUUCAGGACUUGAUUACUCAAAAUGGGACAAAGUUGAAGAUGACUCAAGUGAAGAUGAGGAUGAAGAGGAAGAAGAGCUUCCUCAGUAUAAAUUCAAAGUCAGAACUGUCGGUGUGCGGUCUGUGAAGUAAACAAGUUUACCAAUAAAAUUAUGGUCUGUGGAUAAUGUUUUGACAGCAUCACUACUAACUGAGGUCUCACUUGCUCUAUUGCUCAUUCACAUCCUGAAUUAUUGCGAUGAACAAGUGCAUACCAGUCGGUUCAUGUUUAGCCGGGAGCCCGGAACUCAGAGGAGCAUCACCGGUAACACAGAUACACAAUUCACUGGUCCCAUCUUGUGAACAGAAGUUCAGGUUUCAGGAUUUGAAACCUGGCUGGCAAAUCCCCAAGUCUGAGCUGAGCAGGUUGGAGGAAAUGAGGGAAGGAUUACAGUAGGGAACUGAUGUACAGAAAUCCUUGGAAUUUAACUAACAGUGGUCCAUCGUAGAAUCAAAAGUGUUCUCUCUUGUCGCCUGUGCGCCUACCAUGCACAUUCUUGUUCCAUAUGUACUGUAUAAUAGAGUAAAGUCCAUCACCGGUCCCUAAAUUUGUACCGUUGUGUCA